AUGGCUACCCCUAGUGUCCUCGCUUUUGACGCCGAGGGUCGAGCCAUUGACUUUGACGUCUGGGUAGAUGACCUGCAGCUGUUCUUACAGUGCGAUAGGGCAGACGGUCUCUCCCUCUUUGACCUCACCUCUGGUGCCUCUCAUGCUCCUGCUGCUGAUGCUGACGCCACUGUUCGCUCACAGUGGGCCACGCGCGAUGCUGCUGCACGUCUUGCUGUGCGUCGCCACCUCCCUACCUCUGAGCGUGCGCACUUUAGUCAGUACAAGAGUGCUCAGACCUUGUACAACGCUGUAGUUGCACGCUACUCCUCCCCUGCCACUGCUGCACUGAGCCGUCUCAUGCUACCGGGUGUUCCCCCUCCCCCCUUCUGCCCUCUGUUGCCUCUGCUGCUGCGGCCGACCUCCUUGGUCUUGAGUCGGUCGGUGCGGCGUCUGCCCCUAGCGGGAGACGCCGCUCUGGCAGGGGCAAGGGGGGCAGGGGCACUGGAGGAGCGAGCGGGGGCGGUGGAGGUGGAGGUGGAGGCGGCGGGGGGAGUGGGGGUGGCGGUGGGAGUGGAGGUGGGGGUGGAGGUGUCGGUGGCGGCAGUGGAGGCGGAGGCGGCGGCGGCGGUGGCGGUGGGAGCGGAGGUGGCGGAGGUGGUGGCGGUGGAGGAGGCGGUGGAGGCGGCGGUAGUAGCGGAGGCGGCGGAGGCGGCGGAGGCGGCGGGGGUGGCGGUGGAGCUGGUCGCGGGUCUACGCAGAGGAGUGGCUCCGGUGGUGGUCCGCGCCAGCAGCAGCAGCGCGGUCGUGAGACCUUGUCCCCUCAGCAGCUCCGUGAGUGGUAGACUGCACGCCAGCGGGGUGGGGGCUUUGGUCUGUGCACCUACGUCCUGCGCACCGGCGACCGUGCGGGUGAGCAGUGUGGGGGUGCGCACCCCACCCAGUGCUGCUUUGGCCGCCUGA